AUGAAGAAGCGAAAAAAAAUACCCGAUAUGCUUAAAAGUAUUAUUGAUGAAGGCGGUUACAGCCCAAGCCAAGUUUUUAAUGUCGAUGAGACAGGACUUUACUGGAAGCGUUUACCAUCACGUACAUUUAUAAUACUUCCAAGGAAGAAGCUGCAACACCACGCUUCAAAGUCUCCAAAGGCAGGCUUACACAUGUUUUGGGCGGAAAUGCCGCUCGCCAUUUUCAAACUGAAGCCUCUACUGGUGUACCAUUCGGAAAAUCCAAGGGUCUUAAAGAAUAUUUCGAAAACCACGCUGCCAGUCAUUUGGAAACAUAAUAAAAAGGCCUGGGUAACUACGGCGUUAUUCGCUGAAUGGUUUAGAAAUGAAUUUUGUCCAGGAAUCAAAGAAUACUCUAGGAAGAACAACUUAUCGCACAAGGUUCUGCUUUUAGGCGAUAAUGCUCCUGGACAUCCCGCAACUCUCAACCAAAGCGAUGAAAAUGUGAAAGCGGUCUUCCUACCGCCAAAUACCACUUCCCUGCUGCAACCCAUGGACCAAGGUGUAAAUGCUACCUUUAAAGCAUCUGCGUCGAACUUUCGGGCAGUUGGUGGCUUUAACGAAAGCGAUGAAGAGGAUAUAUUUGACGUAAUUAAUACUCCUGAAGUGCCACUUUCCAACGAAUUGUUGAAUAUUGUAACAGAUGACACAGAAACACAACAAAAUUUAGACGAGCGAGAAAAACAGUUUCCAUCCAAAAAAAUUUGCAAAUUUUCGGAACACAUUGAGAAGACGUUGAAGUAUUUGAAGGAUUAUCGAGGCAUUGAUAGAAGGAAGACGGUGUCCUUUUCAAUAAGCAAAAAUGUUGAACGUUAUCGGAAAUUGUACAAAUCAUGA